GAAGAGGGUGGAUCUAAAAAAGUACAGGAGGGGAUGUGUGCUUGUGUGCAUAUGUGUGAAUUGUGUCUGUGUGCAUGCCCUGCUUUGCUGAACUGCCUCGCAUGCCACUGACAUAAAUCUGUUUUCAGCCUGACCAGGGUGUUCCUGACGGAUGGUUAAAGAGCUUACUUCUGCCACUGCCUCUCUGGAGCUAACCUGUGGAUCCCGAAGGAUGGAAAUAGUUGAAGCGAGCUUACUUGAGAAUGGCACCAACAUCACUGAUAUCCUGUGUGAUUACCUCUUGCAAAAUUACACUUUUUUCUGUGAGGAUGAUCCACCUAAUUCUUCUAGAGAUUUGCACCAGAUAAUCCGGAUUCUGCUGUACUGUUUGAUAUUUCUGCUCAGUGUUUUGGGGAACAUUCUGGUAAUCACAGUGCUGAUUCGAAACAAACGGAUGAGAACAGUCACUAACACGUUUCUGCUGUCACUGGCUGUCAGCGACCUGAUGCUCUGCCUCUUCUGCAUGCCAUUCACUCUCAUUCCCAACCUGCUGAAAGAUUUUAUUUUCGGGAGUGCUGUUUGCAAAACUGCCACUUAUUUCAUGGGUAUCUCUGUAAGUGUAUCUACAUUCAACCUGGUUGCCAUCUCUCUGGAGAGAUACAGUGCCAUUUGCAAACCUCUACAGUCCAGGGUCUGGCAGACCAAAUCUCACGCCUUGAAAGUGAUUGCUGCUACCUGGUGUGUUUCCUUUACUAUCAUGUCACCAUACCCAAUUUACAGCAAACUGGUACCUUUUACCAAGUAUAACAACAGCACAGCAAACAUGUGUCGGCUCCUUUGGCCAAGUGAUGUCAUUCAGCAGUCCUGGUACACUUUCCUGCUACUCAUCCUCUUUCUUAUACCUGGGAUUAUAAUGAUGGUUGCAUAUGGCUUAAUUUCUUUGGAACUCUACAGAGGAAUAAAAUUUGAUGCCAGCCAGAGGAAAUCUUCAAGAGAAAGGAAAAUAAGUACCAGCAGCGCCAAAUACGAGGAUGGGGACGGAUGCUACCUGCAAAAAUCCAAAAGGAAAAGGAAAGUGCCAUUGCAACAGCUCUCUGUUCUGAGCAACAGCAAAAUAGACAGGGCGAGAAGCAGCAGCUCUUCUGCCAACUUGAUGGCCAAGAAACUCGUCAUCCGCAUGUUGAUGGUGAUAGUGAUUUUGUUUUUCCUUUGCUGGACUCCCAUCUUCAGCGUGAAUGCCUGGCGCGCCUUUGACACCACCUCAGCAGACCUGCAUCUCUCGGGAGCUCCCAUCUCCUUUAUUCACUUGUUGUCCUACACCUCUGCCUGCGUGAACCCUAUCAUAUAUUGCUUCAUGAACAAGCGUUUCCGCACGGGCUUUCUGGCCACUUUCACCUGCUGUGCUAAGCAAAAGCCUCCUGCAAUAAAAGAUGUUGGCGAUGAAGAGGAGGGGAAGACAACGCGGGCUUCACUCUCCAAAUAUUCUUACACACACAUGAACAUAUCUGCACCCCCCUGAGCUGCAUCAGAAGAGGCUGCAAGCGCCCUGCAGAAAUUCAGGUGGUUAUUGUCUGGUCUGGGAAAGUGACUGUGGCAUCAGCUGAACAUGAUUUAGUUCUGAGGUACUGAAACACUUCAGCUGACAGUAAAUGUGGUGAGAAUUGAAAUGAAUGCUAUCCCUCUCCGAGCUUUAUAUCACUUUCCUUGCAAAAGUUCAAAGGAGAAAGAGGGCUCUUUGAAGAUAAGGGACUUUAUACAAAGCCUUAAAAGGUGGUCAUAAAUUUAUUUGUCAUAAGUUCUCCUGUAAAAAAACCUGGCGUCCUUAACAUCAACAGUUUAGCUCCGUUUUCAACUGCAGUUCUGAGUAUCUCUUAAAAUUUCCAAGAUGCUAGUGGAUUCUCCUCAAACAUAAAUACAUGUAUUACAGUGUUUACUUCAAUAUCUCUGCCUUAUAAUCAAACUCUUUCAGUUACAUUUGUAGUAUAUUUUUUCACAUUGUUUCAGCUGAACAAAUACGUGUUGAGAUCAUUCUGGUGUCACAGUCAAUUAAAAGAAUUUUGGUGUGGGGAGAAUCGGCUUGUCCAUGUGAAAAUAAUGCUUUUAUGUAAAAUAAUUGCAUCCUUUUUUAAAAAUAAAAUGAAAAUAAAUAUUGAUGACUUUAAGUGUG